GACAGCUAUUUGCUGAACUAACGUCACAGUUAAAGAGAAAGGUCUGCUACUUGGUCAGCUAAAAACUAUUGAAAUGCAAAGGCAGUGAUAGCUAUUUUAUGUCAAAUGUUAUCGGUUCAGCAUACCGAUAUUCAAAACUGCGGUCUAACGACGCCGAUAGGCCAGCUAGAAGCCACUUUGGGGACGCUCUGCCAGUCGGACUGACAACAGACGGGAUGAUCUCAGACUGGGGGUCUGAUCAGUGAGAAGUCCCUGUGACUGUGAAUGUGUCUGUGAGGUACAUUAGGAUGAGCGGGCUCCACUCUAUCGCUGCCUGCGGGGACUGAGAGACACCGCUCUAUACACAGCAGUCGAUGCGGUCUUCCACCGCAUCACCCGUGGCUGAGAAUCCAGCAUGUCUCGCGUCUCCACCACCGCCAAGCGCUACACCGGCUCCUCCUAUACCAGUACCUAUAGCUCCUAUGGCUCCUCCCUGACGCCAUCCUCCCUCAGCUCCUACACCUCCGACCGGGACAGGCUGCCCUCCUACAGGAGCAAUGCUGCCUCCUCCUCGGGCUACUCCUCCUCCAGCUACCUGAGCAGCGCCGCCAGCCGCGCUCGCAACUACAGCACCUCCUUGGAGCUCGACCGGGGCCGGCCCAUCCCCCGCACUGACCUCCUGAGUAGCAGCAGCCGGCGCAGCGAGAGCCUGAGCCGCACCCCGGUGAAGACCUAUGGCUCGUCGGGCCUGAGCGGCGGCUCCGGUUACACUGGCUACAGCAGCUACUCCUCGUCCACCACGCCCAGCCGCUCCAGCUACCUCUCCUCGUCGCCUGGCGCAUCCAGCAUCUCCCUCAGCCGCCGGAGGUCGUCGAGCCAGAGUGACCUGACGCGGGACCUGUCGUCCCUGGGCCUCAACGAGCCCACGUCCCCUUCCUCCUCCUCCUCCUCGAGCGCCCUGAGGGGUUACCGGAGCAGGGCCAGCGAUGUGGCCGACUCCUACAACAGCAGCCUGCAGAGCUCCAGCUAUGGCCUGUCCCACAGCGCCACGCAGGAGGCCUUGAGCAGCAGCAGCCUGAAGAGCGGUGGUGGUAGCCGCUUCACCUCCUCCUACGAGAGGAGCGACAGCAGCAACGGACGACCCAGCUCCCCCACCAGGGACUCCCCGAACUCCAAGAGUGCCCAGGGCCUGGUGGGCCUACGGAACCUGGGAAAUACCUGCUUCAUGAACUCCAUCCUGCAGUGUCUCAGCAACACGCACAACCUCCGGGACUACUGCCUCCACAACUCCCACCGACGCGACCUUAACAAAAACAGCCGCACCAACACUGGGGCACUCAUGGAGGAAUUUGCCAAGCUCCUCCAGACCAUGUGGACGUCGUCGAGCAGCGAGGCGGUCGGCCCGUCAGAGUUCAAAACUCAGAUCCAGAGAUACGCCCCCCGAUUUGUGGGAUACAACCAACAGGACGCCCAGGAGUUCCUGCGCUUCCUGCUGGACGGGCUGCACAACGAGGUAAACCGGGUCACGGUGCGGCCGCGGGGCAGCUCAGAGGACUUUGAUCACUUGCCUGACCGGGAGAAAGGGGAUAGAAUGUGGAGCAAGUACCUGGAGAGAGAGGACAGUAAAAUAGUGGACCUGUUUGUGGGUCAGCUGAAGAGCUCGUUGACAUGCAGCACGUGUGGCUACUGCUCCACUGUCUUUGACCCCUUCUGGGAUCUCUCUCUACCCAUCGCCAAGAAGGGCUACGGAGAAGUGAGUCUGAUGGACUGCAUGAGUCUCUUCACCAAAGAGGAUGUGCUCGAGGGCGAUGAAAAACCAACGUGCUACAGGUGUAAAGCCAGAAGAAGAUGCACAAAGAAGUUCACUGUACAGAAAUUCCCCAAGAUCUUAGUGCUUCAUCUGAAACGCUUCUCUGAAGCGCGGAGAACCAGCAAACUGUCCACAUUUGUCAACUUCCCCAUGGAGAAACUGGACCUCAGGGAGUUUGCCUCGGAAAACAGCAUAAAUGCAGUUUAUAACCUGUACGCAGUGUCCAAUCACUCAGGCACGACCAUGGGUGGCCACUACACAGCGUACUGUCGCAACCCCACCUCGGGAGAAUGGUACACGUUCAAUGACUCCAGAGUAACGCCAAUGUCCUCCAGCCAAGUGCGCAGCAGUGACGCCUACGUGCUGUUCUACGAGCUGGCCUCCUCCUCGCGGAUGUGAGGGCCUCCCGGAGGAGGAGUGCACUGCAGACGGAGGAAGGGAGGAAGAGGAGGGCAAAGCCAGGUCCAUUAGGACUAAUCACAUCCACAACAGAGAGGCUACUACUUCCCCCUUCCCCAACUUCAUCCACAACAGAGAGAGGCUACUACUUCCCCAACUUCAUCCACAACAGAGAGAGGCUACUACUUCCCCAACUUCAUCCACAACAGAGAGAGGAUAUUACUUCCCCAACUUCAUCCACAACAGAGAGAGGCUACUACUUCCCCCUUCCCCAACUUCAUCCACAACAGAAAGAGGCUACUACUUCCCCCUUCCCCAACUUCAUCCACAACAGAGAGAAGCUACUACUUCCCUCUUCCCCAACUUCAUCCACAACAGAGAGAAGCUACUACUUCCCCCUUCCCCAACUUCAUCCACAACAGAGAGAAGCUACUACUUCCCUCUUCCCCAACUUCAUCCACAACAGAGAGGUUUCAUCAACUGCUGGAUGUCCACCCUCAGACUAUGGAAACACUACAGGAAUCUGUCAUAUUUGCUGUUGUCGUUCAACCCAGCCCUCCUCACUUCACUCCCUCUCUCUUCUCUCUGUUGUCUCUCUCUCUCUCUCUCUCUCUCUCUCUCUCUCUCUCUCUCUCUCUCUGCUCUUGGGGAGCAUUUUGGUCAGAGGAGUUGGCCUGUGCGUUUGUGUGAGCGUGUGUGUCUCAGAGAGUGUGUGUGUGUGUGUUAUCACAGGAGACCCUCUCCAGGCAAUAAAAACCAAGCGUCUCCUUCUCCAAAGUCCCUCUCUCUAUGCACUGCAACAAACCAAACUCUCGUCCCGACUGCGCCUUCUUCUCUUCUUCUUGUUCGAGAUCGCCUCAAUAUUAAAAAAGACAUUGUUUCAAUUUAGAUUUUGGAUUUUCUUGUUGAUUUUUGUAUUGGUAUUACCACCAUCAUCACGGUGGAAGAUUAUCUGAACUGUGUUGCGGCAGCGCCCCCUGCUGACAGGUUGGAGUAGGACAAUAUGGCACCGUCAGAAAUUCUUCUUAACACACCUCUCUCACGAACCUGAGUGUCCCCUCCUGCCUACACACUGCAAUGUCUCAUCCCAGUUUCUCUGUUCAGCUGUGUACAGUACUACUCUGUCCUCUCACUGCUGCUCUCUCUCUCUCUUUCUCUCUCUCUCUCUCUUUGUCUCUCUCUUUGUCUCUCUCUUUGUCUCUUUGUCUCUCUCUUUGUCUCUCUCUCUCUGUCUCUCUCUCUUUGUCUCUCUCUCUUUGUCUCUCUCUCUUUGUCUCUCUUUGUCUCGCUCUUUGUCUCUUUGUCUCUCUCUCUGUCUCGGUCUCUGUCUGUCUCUCUCUCUCUGUCUCUCUCUCUCUCUCUCUCUGUCUCUCUCUCUCUCUUUGUCUUUCUCUUUGUCUCUCUCUUUGUCUUUCUCUUUGUCUCUCUCUUUGUCUCUCUCUGUCUCUCUUUGUCUCUCUCUCUCUCUUUGUCUCUCUCUCUCUCUUUGUCUCUCUCUCUUUGUCUCUCUCUCUUUGUCUCUCUCUCUCUCCUUCCUGCAUCUUCCUCUGAAAGUGGAGGGGGAGCCAGGUUGUCCUCUUGAGAGUGCUACAUGUUCAGAGGAUGCCCUGUAUCUUGUGUUUAUUUUUUUUCAGUGGCUGCUACUGAUGUUUUUAAAGUGCUGUGAAUGAAAAGGACGAUCCAGUACAAACUAAUACUAUUGGUCACAAUCUUGUCAGUAUGGAUUUGUUCAUCCUUCGACUGUCAUGCCAUUGAACAACAUGGGAAGAAUGUUUUGAGAAAAGAAAAAAGCACUAUCUGUCUAUUUUUAUAUUCUGAUGCAAUAUAGAGAAUGUACUUUACAGUGGUGCUGAAAAGACCUGAUACUGUUGUCAGUUCAUUUAACAGGUGAAGGAGAAAAGCUCUUAAUUAUGCUUACAGGUGACUUCCAUAACAUACGAGUCAUACUUUUUAACUCUGGCAGUCAAAACACAUGCAUUUGUCAUAGAUACACUACCGGUCAAAAGUUUUGGGUCACUUAGAAAUGUCCUUGUUUUUCAACAUCAAAUUGAUCAGAAAUACAGUGUAGACAUUGUUAAUGUUGUACAUGACUGUUGUAGCUGGAAAAGUCUUUUUAAUGAAACUUAUUUUUAAUGGAAUAACUACAUAGGCGUACAGAGACCCAUUAUCAGCAACCAUCACUACUGUGUUUCAAUGGCACGUUGUGUUAGCUCAUCCAAGUUUAUCAUUUUAACAGGCUAAUUGAUCAUUAGAAAAACAUUUUUCAAUUAUGUUAGCACAGCUGAAAACUGUUCUGAUUUAAAGAAGCAAUAAAACUCUCCUUUUAGACUGGUUGAGUAUCCGGAACUUCAGCAUUUGUGGGUUCGAUUACUUUCUUCUGAAACUCGUCAGUCUAUUCUUGUUCUGAGAAAUGAAGGCUAUUUCAUGCUAGAAAUUGCCAAGAAACUGAAGAUCUCGUACAGUGCUGUGUACUACUCCCUUCACAGAACAGCGCAAACUGGCCCUAACCAGAAUAGAAAGAGGAGUGGGAGGCCCCGGUGCACAACUGAGCAAGAGGACAAGUACAUUAGUGUCUAGUUUGAGAAACAGACGCCUCACAAGUCCUCAACUGGCAGCUUCAUUAAAUAGUACCUGCAAAACACCAGUCUCAACGUCAACAGUGGAGAGGUGACUCUGGGAUGCUGGCCUUCUAGGCAGAGUUGCAAAGAAAAAUCCAUAUCUCAGACUGGCCAAUACAAAGAAAAGAUUAAGAUGGGAAAAAGAACACACACUGGACAGAGGAUCUCUGCCUCGAAGGCCAGCAUCUCGGAGUCGCAUCUCUUCACUGUUAAUGUUGAGACUGGUGUUUUGCGGGUGUUAUUGUAGGGAGUAGUAUACAGCGUUGUACGAGAUCUUCAGUUCCUUGGCAAUUUCUCGCAUGGAAUAGCAAUCAUUUCUCAGAACAAGAAUAGACUGAUGUGUUUCAGAAGAAAGUUCUUUGUUUCUGGCCAAUUUGAGCCUGUAAUCGAACCCACAAAUGCUGACGCUCUGGAUACUCAACUAGUAUAAAGGACAGUUUUUUUGCUUCUUUAUAAUCAGAACAACAGUUUUCCGCUGUACUAACAUAAUUGCAAAAGGGUUUUCUAAUGAUCAAUUAGCCUUUUAAAAUGAUAAACCUGGAUUAGCUAACACAAUGUGCCAUUGGAACACAGGAGUGAUGGUUGCUGAUAAUGGGCCUCUGUACACCUAUUUAGAUAUUCCAUUAAAUAUCAGAUGUUUCCAGCUACAAUAGUCAUUUACAACAUUAACAAUGUCUACACUGUAUUUCUGAUCAAUUUAAUGUUCUUUUAAUGGACAAAAGCACAUUUUUUCUUUCAAAAACAAGGACAUUUCUAAGUGACCCCAAACUUUUGAACGGUGGUGUAUAUUGUGUGUGUGUGUGUGCGUGCUUUUAGUUUCGUAUUUCAUGUUGUGUUCAUGUUAAAUCCGUUAUGGGAUAUAUAUUUUACAUUACAGACACGGAAAUGAGAUCGUGCUACCUAGGGACAUUACAGACCCUGGAUGCCUCUAAACGUACUUUCAAAUAUUCAGGUCGAAGGUUAACAGUUCUUUCCUAUGGAUAAAAGCGUUUGCUAAAUGACUAUAUUAAUAACAAACCACCAAGCUCAUCCAAUGCUGUAUGUCCACUUGAUAGACAUGUAUUCUAAAAUCAUUUCCCUGUACUGAGAACCAACCCCCAACCAUUCAACACCUUGUUUAUGGGAAUCCCAGACUUGCCUCCUGGACUGAGGUGUUGUUCCCUUAGCUCAGACCUAUUUCUGUAGCCUAUGGAUGUCACUGUCCUGCUGAGAACUGAUACCAUGUAAGUACAACACCCAGGAAUAGUUAUGCUCACUCUGCCCCCUGAUUACAAUGGAUGACAUCCCUCAACAGAGAAUACUGGGAAGUCAUUCUUAAAUACAUAAUGGGAUGUUAAUCAUACAGGAUAACAAGGAAGUAAACGUGUAUCUCUUGUU